AGUUCUGAUUGUUGUCCUUGAACAUGAGUGCUCGGAGGGAGGAAUUACAAGACCGGGCCAUUGUCAAAAUAGCAGCUCACUUACCAGACCUCAUUGUCUACGGAGAUUUCGCUCCAGAGCGGCCUUCAGUGAAAUGUUUUGAUGGAGUUCUGAUGUUUGUUGAUAUUUCAGGUUUCACUGCAAUGACUGAGAAAUUCAGCACAGCUAUGUACAUGGACCGAGGGGCGGAGCAGCUGGUGGAGAUUCUCAACUACUAUAUAAGCGCCAUAGUGGAGAAAGUAUUGAUUUUUGGAGGAGACAUCCUAAAAUUUGCAGGUGACGCGCUGCUGGCCCUGUGGAAAGUAGAACGAAAGCAACUGAAGAACAUCAUCACGGUGGUAAUUAAAUGCAGUCUGGAGAUCCAUGGCUUGUUUGAGGCCAAGGAGGUUGAAGAAGGCCUGGAUAUCCGAGUCAAGAUAGGACUGGCUGCGGGCCACAUCACCAUGCUGGUCUUCGGGGAUGAAACACGCAACUACUUUCUGGUGAUUGGCCAAGCGGUGGAUGAUGUGCGCCUGGCCCAGAGCAUGGCCCAAAUGAACGAUGUCAUUCUGUCACCAAACUGCUGGCAGCUCUGUGACCGGAGCAUGAUUGAAAUUGAGAGGAUUCCGGAUCAGAGAGCAGUUAAGGUUAGCUUCCUAAAACCACCUCCAACUUUUAACUUCGACGAGUUUUUCACAAAGUGUAUGUCUUUCAUGGAUUAUUAUCCCUCUGGUGACCACAAAAACUUCCUAAGGCUUGCCUGCAUGCUGGAGUCUGAUCCUGAACUCGAGUUGUCCCUUCAAAAGUACGUGAUGGAAAUCAUUUUGAAGCAGAUUGACGACAAACAGCUUCGAGGCUACUUGUCUGAGCUUCGUCCCGUGACGAUUGUGUUUGUGAACUUGAUGUUUAAAGAGCAAGACAAAGCAGAAGUCAUAGGCUCGGCCAUCCAGGCUGCCUGUGUGCACAUCACUUCUGUCUUGAAGGUCUUCCGUGGCCAGAUCAAUAAAGUCUUCAUGUUUGAUAAGGGGUGCUCCUUCCUCUGUGUCUUCGGCUUCCCUGGGGAAAAGGCGCCUGACGAGAUCACUCACGCCUUGGAAAGUGCUGUGGAUAUAUUUGACUUCUGCUCUCGGGUCCACAAGAUCCGUACUGUCUCCAUCGGUGUUGCCAGUGGGAUUGUCUUCUGUGGGAUCGUAGGACACACCGUGAGACACGAGUACACAGUCAUUGGUCAGAAGGUCAAUAUCGCUGCCCGGAUGAUGAUGUAUUACCCAGGCAUCGUGACCUGCGACUCUGUCACCUAUGAUGGCAGCAACCUACCGGCCUACUUUUUUAAAGAGCUUCCAAAGAAAGUUAUGAAAGGAGUUGCAGACUCUGGACCAGUGUACCAGUGUUUGGGCCUCAAUGAGAAAGUCAUGUUUGGUAUGGCAUAUCUCAUCUGCAACAGAUAUGAGGGUUAUCCUUUGCUGGGACGCGUUAGGGAGAUCGACUACUUCAUGUCUACCAUGAAGGACUUUUUGAUGACUAACUGCAGCCGAGUUCUAAUGUAUGAAGGAUUGCCAGGAUAUGGAAAGAGCCAGAUACUUAUGGAAAUCGAGUACCUGGCCUCCCAGUAUGAGAACCAUAGGGCUGUUGCUAUUGCACUGACUAAGAUCAGCUUCCAUCAAAACUUUUAUACUAUCCAGAUACUCAUGGCUAAUGUACUGGGUCUGGAUACUUGUAAACACUACAAAGAACGACAGACCAAUCUUCAGAAUAGAGUCAAGACGCUGUUGGAUGCUAAGUUCCACUGUCUUCUUAAUGACAUCUUCCAUGUUCAGUUCCCUGUUUCCCGGGAGAUGUCCAGGAUGAGCACACUACGGAAGCAACAGCAGCUGGAAGCACUGUUUAUGAAGAUCUUGGAGCAAACAGUGAGAGAAGAAAGGAUUAUUUUCAUCAUCGAUGAGGCCCAGUUUGUGGAUGGAGCCUCCUGGGCCUUCAUAGAAAGGCUCACCCAUUCUAUGCCCAUCUUCAUCGUCAUGUCCCUGACUCCCUUCACCAACAUUCCCUGUGCGGCUGCCAGUGCCAUAAUGAGGAACCGCAACACCACCUAUGUCAUGCUUGGUACCAUGGAGCCCCAGGAAAUCCGUGACAAGGUCUGUGUUGACCUCAGCGUAAGCAGCAUUCCUAGAGAGCUUGACUUGUACCUGGUGGAGGCGAGCUGUGGGAUUCCCUUCUACUGUGAAGAACUGCUAAAAAACCUCGACCACCACAAAGUUCUUGUUUUUCAACAAGCAGAGUCUGAGGAAAAGACAAAUGUGACCUGGAACAACCUUUUCAAACACUCUGUUAGGCCAACGGAAGACAUGCAUCUUUAUACUUCCAUAUCUGAGGGGCGUACAGAAGUCUGUUACCUUUCAAGUGGUGUCAGACUAAAGAAUUUGUCACCUCCAGCAUCCCUAAAAGAAAUCUCUCUGGUCCUGCUGGACAGUAUGAGCCUUUCCCAUCAGAUGCUGGUGAGAUGCGCUGCCAUCAUUGGCCUAACCUUCACCACAGAGCUGCUGUUUGAGAUUCUCCCCUGCUGGAACAUGAAGACGCUGAUCAAGGCCCUGGCCACCCUAGUGCAAGCGAAUGUCUUUCAUUGCUUCCGGAGUAGCAAAGAUCUUGAACUAGCCUUAAAACAAAAUGUGGCCACAGUUGAGGUUCAUUAUCGCUCUAUGUCCCUAAAGCCCAUCGGGGGAUUAGCUCAUGGUGAAGAGGAGGAGCUCCGUGAAAGGGAAGGUGAGGUGAUUGAGUGCUGCAUCCUUCGGUUCUGCAGACCUAUAAUGCAGAAAACAGCCUAUGAACUGUGGCUGAAGGACCAGAAGAAAGUCUUGCAUUUGAAAUGUGCCCGCUUUUUGGAGGAAAGUGCCCACUGUUGCAACCACUGCAGAAACAGGGACUUCAUUCCUUACCACCAUUUCAUAGUGGACAUUCGACUCAACACUUUGGAUAUGGAGACUGUCACGAGGAUGGCAAAGUCCCAAGGAUUUAAAGCUGAAGAAGAGGUCAUCAGUUCUAAAUCAGCCCUCCCUAGGAAACACAAACUUCCCGAGAAUCUCAGUGCUGCACAAACAAAAGAAAUGGUCUUGCAUUUCUUUGACAAUGUUAUCCAAAAGAUGAAGUCUCGGAAUGACGUCCUCCCCCCGGAACCAUGCCAGUGUGCAGAGCUGCUCCAAAUUGUCAUCUUGCCUCUGGCCCAGCAUUUUGUAGCCUUAGGAGAAAACAGCAGAGCCCUGUACUAUUUCCUGGAGCUGGCAUCUGCUUACCUCACCCUGGGUGACAACUAUAACGCAUACAUCUAUCUGGGUGAGGGAGAAAGGCUGAUGAAGACUCUGGCAAGUGACGAUUCUUGGAGUCAUAUCUUUGAGUAUGCCGCCUUUUAUUAUCUCAAAGGUGAGGUCUGCUUUAAUAUGGGGCAGAUGGUCCUCGCCAAGAAAAUGCUGAGAAAGGCACUGAAGCUUCUCAACAGAAUGUUUCCUAGUAAUUUAAUCUCCCUGAGUUUCCAAAUGCAUGUUGAGAAAAACAGACUCUUCCACUUCAUGAACCAGCGUCCCCAGGAGAGCGUGCUGCCCGGGAAUAGACUGGCACAGCUUUACCUGCAAGCCUCCUGCUUCUCCUUGCUUUGGAAGAUCUAUAGCCUGAAUUUCUUUUUCCAUUACAAGUACUACGGUCAUCUGGCAGCCAUGAUGGAACUGAACACCUCACUGGAAAGUCAAGACAGUUUCCAGAUCAUCAAGGCUUUUCUGGACUAUUCUCUGUACCACUAUAUGGCUGGAUACAACGGCGUAUGGUUCAGAUAUGAAAUCCUGGUCAUGGAGGAGCUCUUGAACCUCCCGAUGAAAGGCGAGGCCAUUGAAAUCAUGGCCUACGUGGCUGACACACUGGGCCACAUCAAGUUCAUAGCAGGUCAUCUGGAAUUGGCUAUUGAGUUAGGCUCCCGAGCCCACAGGAUGUGGUCACUUCUCCGGAACCCCAACAAAUACCAUAUGGUUCUCUGCAGACUAAGUAAAUCUCUCUUCUUGAGAAGCAGGUACAAGCAUUUAAUCCAGGUGCUGGGAUGGCUGUGGGACCUUUCUGUGACGGAAGAGCACAUCUUCAGCAAGGCCUUUUUCUAUUUUGUCUGCUUGGACAUCAUGCUUUACUCUGGCUUCAUUUACAGAACAUUUGAAGAAUGUUUGGCAUUCGUACAGCACAACGAAGAAAACAGAAUCCUCAAGUUCCGAAGCGGACUCCUUCUGGGCCUCUACUCCUGCAUAGCCGUCUGGUACGCCAGACUUCAGGACUGGGACAACUUUUACAAAUUCUCCAAAAGAGCUAAGAAUCUAGUGACACAAAGGACCCCGACAGUUCUUUACUAUGAGGGGGUCUCUCGGUACAUGGAAGGGCAAGUUCUGCACCUCCAAAAGCAAAUCGAAGAGCAGGCGGAGAACGCGCAGGACAGCGGGGUUGAGCUGCUCAAGGCCUUAGAGAACCUUAUGGCUCAAAAUACCACUGGCCCUGUGUUCUACCCAAGGCUCUACCAUCUGAUGGCUUAUGUCUGCAUAUUGAUGGGAGAUGGGCACAGCUGUGACUUCUUCCUGAACAGAGCCUUGGAGCUUUCUGACACACAGGGUAACCUACUAGAGAAGUGCUGGCUGAGCAUGAGCAAGGAGUGGUGGUACUCAGCCUCCGAGUUAACAGAAGAUCAUUGGGUUCAAACAGUCUUGAAUCUUCCAUCAUGGGAUAAAAUUGUAUCUGGCAGUGUAACCCUUCAGGAUGUUCAAAAGAACAAAUUCCUGAUGAGAGUUAAUAUCCUGGACAAUCCUUUCUAAGAAUUCGUGAAUGAGAACAAAGAUUGCAGUAAGAACCGGUUUCGGGUUUGUUUGGUUUGUUUGUUUGUUUGCCAUGGUCCAUUAUUGUCCUCUGUCCAUAGGCAGCAUUUCCAGGUUCCCACAGACCCUUCCGGACCAAACCCAGGAACAGAUGCCUAGAUUCCUUUCCAGCUGGCUUGUUUUAACUUUACACAGCUGUCUGUACCUUCACAGGCUGUGUGCUUGACCUCUGGGGCUCAGCCCAUGCAAAAUCCAUUCAUAUCGAUAUC